AUGGCGAGCGACCCUCAAUAUCCAAAUCUACCAAGCGACAAAGACGAAACGAUUUUUUCCGGAAAAACGCUAAAACGGAAUGCACGGCCGAGCUCCGCCGCAUGCAGUGCUUCCUCCGCGACGCCGCUGACGCCAGGCGGCCUCGGCAGCGAGCGCGUCACCAACUGGGCGGUGGACGUCCGCGCGGCCGCCUACGAAGCGGAGGACGCCCUCGAGGAGGCCGACCUCCUCGCGCGCCGCCGCGCCCUGCGGCGCGGCUACUCUGGCCUUCUCGCCUGGUGCGCUGACCUCGCCGCGCUCCACAGUUUUGGCCAGAAGAUUAGGCGCGUCCGAUCCAGGAUCCGAGAGAUCUCCGAUGGCGCCGUCGCCUACGGAAUCGCAAAUCUCGGUGAGGCCAGCAUCUCAGUUUCUCCACAGGACAUAGAUGUGACGACGCCCUGUGACCUUCGUUGGGCUGGUGGACACGAUAGUUGGGUUGUUGGAUUCCACAAAGAGAGGAAUGAGAUCAUCAAAGAAUUGAUUGAUACAAAGACCCUGCAAAUUUGUGUUGUUUCCAUAGUUGGGAUGGGUGGAUCUGGCAAAUCAACGCUUGCAAAAAAAAUCUACAAUUUUUUCCAUUCUCAACAGCAUUUUCAGGCCUUUUGUUGGUUAGUAGUCUCUCAGAAAUACACGUUCCUUGAUCUUAUCAAGGAUGUAGCUAAGAGGAUUAUUGACAUCAAAAGUGAGAAGAACAGGGAGGAAAGAAACAAGGAUGGAGAGGGGACAAGCAAAGAUGGAGAGGGGACAAGCAAAAAUGGAAAGGGGACAGGCAAAGAUGGUGAGCGGACAAGCAAAGAUGGUAAAGAGAACAAUCAGUUAACGAUCGAAGCAUUGGAGAAGAUGGACGAGGAAGAAAUAAGUGAACUUCUGCGGAAGGAACUUGCACAUAGAAGGUUUCUUGUUGUGCUGGAUGACGUCUGGAGGUGUAAUUCCUAUAGCGAGAUCAAUAGGAUCAUCAGCCUCUUUCCAGAUGUUAACAAUGGGAGUAGAAUUAUGUUGACCACUCGAGACCUAAGUGUCGCAAAGCAUGUCAGCAAGAGGAAUAGCAUCCAUCAGAUGAAGCUUUUGGACGAGGGCCAUAGCUGGGAGCUGCUUGAGAAGAAGGCCUUUCAGCAGAACCAAAAUUUUAGCCCCAGUGAUCGGUCACAGCUGACACCUAUUGGAAAGAAAUUGGCUGUUAAAUGCAACGGGUUGCCGAUUGCUCUUGUGGUGCUGGGAGGAUAUCUUUCGAGGAACUUGGACUAUGACAUUUGGUUGCGACUGGUUGACAAUUUGGAUUGGGAAGCUCGCAAGGAUGAUGAGCCAGUUUGGGACAUAUUAGCUAGAAGUUACAAUGAUCUGCCAAAUCAUCACCUGAAAUCAUGCUUCCUUUAUUUGGCAUCCUUCCCAGAGGACCACGUCAUACGUGUCAAUAAGCUUAGCAAGCUGUGGAUCGCUGAAGGAUUUGUUCCUGAGAGGCACAACCGCACAAUGGAAGAUACAGCAAGAGAGUACACAAACGAGUUGGCUCACAGGUGCAUGAUCCAAGUAGUUGAUAGGAGCAAAGUGGAUGGCUCAAUAAAAAGUGUAAUCCUCCACGACAUUCUUCGCGAUUGGGGCAUCAAAGAGGCAAGCAGAGAGGGGUUUUUUAAUAUUUGGUGUAAUACAACAGUACCUGUGGUGUAUUCAGAUUCGAUGCCAUCUUACCGAAUUGCUUUCCAUAACUUUUCUGGCUGCAGUCAAAUCGUUGCGUCCAUGCCAAAGUUGCGAACCUUAUGGCUGAGUGGCUCAUUGUCAAAUGCAUUGGGCUUAUGCAGCCUGACAUUUCUCAGAGUGCUUGAUCUUUAUGGAAUAAAAGACCUCAAGAGGCUGCUCUUCUGGCAUAUUCAUCUUACUGAUGUGUACUGCUGGGCUGCACCUGAGGUCCGGUGCCUUCUUCAAUUACAGACAUUGCACUUCUCUGGUGUAUGCUCUUUAGAUGAUAUUAAAAAGUACCAGAUUUCUAAGUAUAGAAGAGCUGCUAGGGCAUCAAACAAGUCGAGCAAGAAGGCAAAUGACAGAGAAUGGACUCUCUUGAUUGAAGCACUGCCAGAAAUGAAGCAGCUUGUGUUUCUUCAUCUGGAGAGUUGGUACUCUGUCAGCGGAAAGAGAGAGAAGGCCAUGUUUCCAAAGAGAUUAAUCACGGUACUCUCUGGUCAUAACUGCCUUUGUGUGUUAGAGUUGUCCGGACAACUUCAUUGGAGUCUGCCGAUAAGUCAUUUUGCCAUGCUACCCUGUAACCUGAAAAAGCUCAAGCUGGUAGGCUCUAGAUUGCGCGAGGACCCAAUGCCGGUGCUGGGCAAGCUUCUGAACCUGGUGGUGCUAACCUUGGAGUAUGGAGCAUACCAAGGGAAGACAAUGACAUGCACUGCAGAUGGAUUCCGUAGGUUGCAAUAUCUGACAUUCAACGAGGUCUAUGAUGUCAGGCACUGGAACAUUGAGGCUGGCACAUUUCCUUCCCUGAUCCAGCUAAAUCUCAUCUCCAGCUUUCGAGAGAUGACUCUUCCCCCACUGGGACUAGUCCACGUGAAAUCACUUCAAGAGUUGCAUUUGCGUCACUGGGAUUCUAAAUACGUGUCUCUGCAAAACAUCGAGAAAUUAAGGGGAAUCGGAUGCAAGGUCAAUAUCAAGAUGCCGAAGCUAGAUAUAUAUUAG